CGAAGCGCCCUCUACAUGCACUAUUUGGACUUCUGUGAGAAAAAUGACACACAGCCUGUUAAUGCUGCCAGCUUUGGAAAGAUAAUAAGGCAACAAUUUCCACAGUUAACAACAAGAAGACUUGGAACCAGAGGCCAGUCAAAGUACCAUUACUAUGGCAUUGCAGUAAAAGAAAGCUCCCAGUAUUAUGACGUGAUGUAUUCUAAGAAAGGAGCAGCCUGGGUCAAUGAAACAGGAAAAAAGGAAGUAACCAAACAGACAGUGGCGUAUUCACCACGAUCCAAACUGGGGACGUUGCUGCCAGAGUUUCCAAAUGUCAAAGAUCUAAAUCUGCCAGCCAGCUUGCCAGAGGAGAAGGUUUCUACUUUUAUUAUGAUGUACAGAACACACUGUCAGAGGAUACUUGAUACUGUAAUAAGAGCCAACUUUGACGAGGUUCAAAGUUUUCUUCUACAUUUUUGGCAAGGGAUGCCGCCUCACAUGCUUCCUGUAUUGGGUUCUUCCACAGUAGUAAAUAUAGUUGGCGUUUGUGAUUCAAUAUUGUAUAAAGCUAUUUCUGGAGUCUUGAUGCCAACAGUAUUGCAGGCAUUACCUGAUAGCUUGACACAAGUGAUCCGCAAAUUUGCCAAACAACUGGAUGAGUGGCUAAAAGUAGCUCUUCACGACUUGCCAGAGAACCUGCGGAAUAUCAAGUUUGAGCUAUCCAGAAGAUUUUCUCAAAUUCUUCGGAGGCAGACAUCCUUAAAUCAUCUUUGCCAGGCAUCAAGGACCGUGAUCCACAGUGCAGACAUUACAUUCCAAAUGCUGGAAGACUGGAGGAAUGUGGACCUGAACAGCAUUACCAAACAAACGCUGUACACCAUGGAAGAUUCACGGGAAGAGCACAGGAAACUUAUAAUACAAUUAUAUCAGGAGUUCGAUCAUCUUCUGGAAGAGCAAUCACCCAUUGAAUCAUAUGUAGAAUGGCUGGAUUCCAUGGUGGACAGAUGCGUCGUAAAGGUAGCUGCUAAGAGACAAGGCUCUUUGAAGAAAGUUGCUCAGCAAUUCCUCUUGAUGUGGUCCUGUUUUGGCACAAGAGUAAUUCGGGAUAUGACUUUGCACAGUGCUCCCAGCUUCGGAUCUUUUCACCUUAUCCACCUGAUGUUUGAUGACUAUGUGUUGUACUUGUUGGAAUCACUCCAUUGUCAGGAAAGAGCAAAUGAGCUGAUGAGGGCAAUGAAAGGAGAAGGAGGAACAGUAGAAGUCCGAGAAGAUAUAAUACUGACAGAACCUGUUCCCCCAAGUCCCUCCCCGGUGCCUUUUUCUCCAGCUAAGUCUGCCAUCUCGGUGGAUGUGCCAUCAGCACCCUCGCCUGUAAGCAACCAGUCCCCGGAGUAUGUUGGCAUAGCGACGACAACAGGGGCCAUGCAGUCUUAUACAUGGUCUCUCACAUACACUGUAACAACAGCUGCUGGAUCACCUGCUGAAAACUCUCAACAGCUGCCUUGUAUGAGGAAUCCUCAUGUACCUCCUUCAUCUGUUACACACAGAAUACCUGUUUAUCCUCACAGAGAAGAGCAUGGGUACACAGGGAGCUAUAACUAUGGCACCUAUGGAAACCAGCAUUCCCACGCAAUGCAGAGCCAGUAUCCAUCUUUACCACAUGACACCACUAUUUCUACACCCCUUCAUUAUUCAGCUUACCACAGAAGCUCUUCACAGUACCCCUUCAACAGCCCGUCAUCGCGGAUGGAGCCUUGCUUGAUGAGCAGCACCCCAAGAUUACAUCCAACCCCAGUAACUCCUCGCUGGCCGGAGGUACCCUCGGCAAAUGCUUGCUACACAAGUCCACCCAUGCACUCCACAAGAUACGGAAAUUCCAGUGACAUGUACACACCGUUGGCCACACGGAGAAAUUCCGAGUAUGAGCACAUGCAACACUUUCCUGGCUUUGCCUAUAUCAAUGGGGAAGCCACCACAGGAUGGGCAAAAUGAAAAUGACUUGGUAAUAGUAUCAACCUUAUAUAUUUAAUAAAGACAGACAAAAAAACUUUUAUAUGCCUGGCUUGUAGACUUAUGGUACUCUUACAUGGGCAUUUUUAAUGGCCACGAAGGUGGA